AUUGAGCUGGAUCAGAGUUCCUGCAACGUGGACCUUGGUACCAGAUCAAAUUGCUGCGCAUUUCCGGUUACGUCAAACUGUAUUGAAUUGAACCGACUGAAAACUAGCGUCUUUCACCCGCAUUCCGCACUAGACGUUAACCAAUCAUGGCCGUGGCAAAACAGCGUAUGAAAGUUGCUAAUGAAAAACACAGCAAAAAUGUAACAUCACGAGGAAAUGUUCCUAAAACACUGAAACAAAACGAGGAAAAAUAUCCAGUUGGUCCAUGGUUAAUUGCUCUAUUUAUAUUUGUCGUGUGUGGGUCGGGUUACAAUCUUCCAGAUUAUUCAGUCAAUCAGGAUGACGUAAAAGAGAUUGGAUCACGGUGGGUUACAGAUUCGCGGAUGGAGAAACUUAAAUCCGCUACCCGUCCUAAGAAAGGAAAAUUACAGAAAAAAAGAGAUGAAGAGAACCAAUCGAAAAUUACUGACUACUAUGUAGUUAGGAGAUCUGCUAGAAAAACCCGCAAGAAACUGGAGGAAGAUCGUCUAAAUGAGAUAGAAAAGGCAGUAAUACUAAAUCAAGAGAUUGGUUUGAACGUUAUUGAAACAGAAUUUAAGGGCCGUGGGGUAGCAGCCGCGAAGACUUUCGAAAAAGGAGACUUUGUUGUGGAGUAUGCCGGUGAUCUCAUAGACUUAAGCAGUGCUAAAGAUAGAGAAAAACAGUAUUCGUGUAAUACUAUGGUUGGGUGUUACAUGUAUUACUUUGAAUAUCAAUCAAAGAGAUUUUGCGUGGAUGCUACUAUAGAAACCGGUAGAUUUGGUAGACUAGUAAAUCAUUCUCGAAAGAAGCCUAACUGCAAGACAAAAGUAAUAGGAAUAAAUGGUACCCCUAGACUUAUUUUAAUAGCAUCCAGAAAUAUAAGGAUUGGUGAAGAAAUUCUUUACGACUACGGCGAUAGAUCGAAAGCAAGUAUAGAAGCUUAUCCGUGGCUUUCACAAUGA